CGAGAAGAAGAAGAAGCCAAGCACGGUCUGCAGCACGAGUUUUUGCAAAUCCGUACUUUUCCUCCUUCCUUAGUUACAUAUUUGGUGGAGCCAGACUCCCUUCGUCGUUGGUGCUCUUAACGAAUCCACUUUCUCCACAUUUCCUUUCCACUCUCUCCCAAAUCUCCCAGUUACUUCUCCCCUCCCAUGAAUUUCCAACACUCUCUUCUUCUUCGUGCUGAAUACACUUUAACGUAAAAGUGAUCUGAGUAACAGUAACACUUGUUGUUUAUUUCGUCUCAAGUUAAGAAUAAUGUGAAUAUCGCAUAGGAAUAAAUACAUAGAUAUAAAUUAAUAAUAGAUAUUAGGAGAAAGUUCGUCAAGCCUUGGGCUCUUCAAGCAAGGCAGUCUGGGGUCUCUAGAAAGUGAAAAAUGGAUCCUGCAAUUGCACCAAGUAUUGUUCAUGCACUAUAAAGUUGCGAAUGGUAAGGAGAAACUAAUGGCCACUACGACGAGUCCAGGGAUGACGGAGGAGGAACCAUCCGCCACAACAACCUCCGAAGUCAAUCACUCCAACGACGAAGACUUUGCGGUGCCCAUUCCGAUCCAAACCUUCCUCUGGAGACAGACGUGUCCAUUCAUCAGACCAAGACUGGGUCGCUUACAUGAGGCAACAUGUGUGUUUUGUCAGUCUCCUGGAGUGCAUCAUGAAAUAAGAGAAGCUACAAAGUCGUUGGAGAAAGUUUUGGUCCAAAACAUCCAAUUCGGACUUUCACCAUCGUUAUCGCAGGCUCUUAAAUCGAUUCCGAGAUGGAGAGUGAUUCAAACCGCAUUUCCUCACGUGAUGCAUUGCACGGCUCAACUUCUGAUGAAUCGGAAACAAAGCGGAAUUCAGGGCGGUUUGGGCGCAGCGGAGACAAAAUUGCUCUACACGCUGCACUGGAUACUUUUAGAUUCGGCGGAAGAAUGUGCAGACGCUGAUUUCGAAAAGGGUCUCAGACCCCAAAAUUCAUUCCAUUAUCUUUUCCCAAUCACCGCCAUUACGCUCUUUGUUUACCUCUUUGCACCGCUUUGUUCCCAACUGAGGGUGACAGAUUUCAACAAUUUCCGGCUGGAAAAUGGCUUUCGUGUCUGGCCUUCCAUGUGGGGACAUAAAGUUCCGGACAAAGUGGUGUGUUUCAAUUGUCCCGUGAAACCAACGAACCCCCUCAGCCCCUUCUUCAUUAGGAAGCAGAAGAAGGACCCGUUCGAAAAUGUGUUUGGAGAUAAUACAUCAAAGACUGGCGGUGGAGGAAAAAUGUCGACCCCACCACCAACCCCGGAACAUGCAAAGACUGAAUUCAGUACUAAUUUGGUUCUGGAGGAAGAGCUCGAAAAGUUGGCGUCACCUUCUGGCCAAACGGCUUUGUCUUCUUCCGGUGGAACGGUCCCAUUUCCAGAAACCAUUCCUGAAGAAUCAUCAAGCAACGAUGAAGAACACGUGAUGAUCUUCAGACUGGGGUCAAUCCCAGAAUCGGACGGGUUAAGGGAAGGAUCCGUCUUUAAAAUGUCCGUCCCAAUGCGUCGUCAGCCCAGUUGCGAAUCGUCCAAGACGUGUCCGUCACCUUCUUCUGAUAAGGCAAAAGAUAGAAAAGGAUCUAACGAGUCUGCCGGGCGACCUAGAAUGGACUCAUCCCCACGCCCCUCCAUCGGAAAGAGUGACGGUACACCGCAAGCGUACAGUUCAACCCCCGGAGGUGGUGGGGGCGGAAAGGAUUCGACUCUACUUUGGAAAAACUUGCGUUUGGCCAGCUUCAUGGAUGUGGCGGUUCUCCGCUGCUUAUUCGUCCCUCAAUGGGAAGAAGAGGGCGUUUACUGGGGAUGCAUGUAUUUGUUCAAAAGAUUUGAAGAAAUUGCUGCACACAAGGCAGCUUGCGCCGAGGAAGAAGUAGCAACGCGACAGCGGAGCAAUUCCUUACCCACGCCAAAAUGUCAAAAGUCUUAUUUGGCCGAACUGGCCCUUGCUGUAACUACAACUCGUUUAGAAAACGAAAAAACUGCUUCCGCAAAACCAAAACUCAAACCGGAAGGAAGCAUACGAGGAAAACGCGGAAGUCAUGGUCAGACGUCGCCAUUUUUCUCCUAUUCUGCAUGCUCCUCUCCAGUCGCUCAGAGAAGGUCAAACGAUUCCAGAAGAGGUAGUGAAAGAGGGUCCAAAAAGAAAAUCUCAAUGUUGGAUUUAAAAUCUUUUGUGGAGAGCAAAAUUUUAUCAAAAUCUGAAAAGAAUUUGGAGAAAAUGGAGGAUCUCGACAAUGAAAUGGACCCCUUCGUCCGACCCAAAUCCGCCAUGGGUCAUCGGGACGAAGACGAAAGUAAUGUCAAGGACAACCUGGACGAUAAAUAUUUUGGCGAACAGUCAAACUUAUUCAAGGGAAAAAGUAUGCCAAGUCUUAGUUCUCUCCACUCGAUUGAGUUGGCAGCACCGACAGGGUAUUGCGGCAUGACCCGACUUCAGCCGUAUCCAUUGAAGACUGACAAAAUCCCAGUGCCAAAUCCCAUCAUCACGGUGACAGAACACACCCCCGCGCCCACCCCGUCCCCUGACAGAAUGUAUCGGAGACGUGCCAGCUCGUUGGAGAGCCAAUUGAACUCCUUCAUCCACCAAUUCGCGCUGGGUAGUCGGCGUGGGAGUGGGAGGCAUCUUAUUAGGUCACACAGCGAUACGAAUAUCCAGUACACCGUAUGCGAAUCAACAGAAGCUCCCGGCACGGCACAAUACAUUCGAAGCGAUGGGACAAUCAAUGUCAAAGUGGUUUUCCAAGCCGUGCACUUAAUCUGUGCCAGAGAAACGAUUCAUCGCUCAGUCAGAGUGUGUCAAGUCGUUCUGAAUCUGAUCGACCAUUUGUACCUGGACAUUGAGAAGGACAAGGAAAUCAUGAGUGUUCUAGAAACUGUGACUCGCGUGAUAAGCGCCAUGGGAUGUGCGCAAGGUUGUGCAGAUUCUCAACGGUGCACCCAAUCCGACGCGGUGCGAUCGCAAGCUCAAAACCUACUUUUACGAUUGUGUCAAAAGUUUAACGUUCUCUUUUCAAAAUUCUUCCAAAACUUUGUCAUCCAACAAAAUUUGACCACCGUGAUGGAGUUCUUCCAUGCGCUGUGUGGUUUCUGUAUGGAUUCGACCAGCCUACUUUCUCCGAUGGCUAUGCCAAAUCCAAAAAUUAGAGAUUUCUAUACCGGUUACAACAAUGGAAUGGAAAACAAUCAGCAGAAAGUGGAGUGCCAAAUUUUCAAAUUCAUUUUUAAAAGGCUGGUCACCAGAAUGGCGUCGGUUCAUCAUCUUCGUGCCACAGAAAAUAUGGCAUUGUAUUGCGACAUUCGCCAAUUUAUUAACUAUGUGUAUGAAAAUGAUGGAAACACGUUUCGAAGAGUUGCAUUGAGUGCGUUGCUGGACUCCUUGCUUUCAUUAAAGGUUGAUCGGCCCAAUAAGAAGAAUGCGAGACAAAGUCAGACGACUCGAGUGGUCAGGAGAAUGACAAACACCGAAGAUUCACCCGGAUAUUACAUAAUGGACGAGACGACCGGACCUCAAAGCAGUUCUAGCAACAAGAAAGGCUUUUUCAAAAAGAAGAGUUCAUCAUCAACUUGUGCAAGCAUGGGCGACACUGACAACACUGGAGAAAGUCCAAGUGGCACGUUAUCCCGAAAACAUGCCACGCUCACUCCCAAAUCGAGUGAGAUUGAUUUGGUCGCCAAAAGAGGGGCUCCAUCCAAAAAGGAAUCCCGUUUGGUGUCCUGGUUGAUGAGGGGUUCCACCCAAGAAAGAUCGUUAGACUUGGACGGGGAGGAUUCUAACGUUAGCAGUGGAACGGGCGCUUCCGAACCAAAAAGGACCAUGCGUCAAGCCACCAUUGUCCAGAAAGCGAAGCGAAGAGUGGAAGAACGGCUAAGGAGGAUGAAAAUUAAGCGAGAUUCUACCAAUGAGGACAGCUUGGCUGGGGGGAGUCGCAAGGGUUCAUUGGAAAAUGUGACAAGUGAAAAUGUGAUUGGAGAAACUAGUGAGUUUGUUGUCCUUAAAGAAAGGCGUCUAGUCAGCAAAGAUGUCGUCAAAGCAGGCAUCCGACGUUUCGGAUUUUUAUUGGAAAUUACUCAUCCAGGAUCACUCCCAGACGCCGGACUGAUGGCUGCGCUAUUGGAUUUGCCUAAAACCGUUGUUGUCGCGAGGUCAUGCAUGUUAUUGGAAUGUAGCUAUUUGGUCCAUGCAUGUAACCGUGGGCAUUGGCCGCUCUGGAUGAAAUUUCCAAUUUUUCGACCCUCAUGCGCAGGCCUCCCUGCAAAACCGGUCGCGUCAAAGUCAAAGUCUUACGCUUUGCAGAGAAUGUCUGGAAAAAUGUUUCAUCAGUGGGGAGAGGCUAUUAAUGCCCGGCUGGAAGAAUACAAUAAAAAGAACAGGCAAAAACUCAUGGAACUGGAUCUUUCUGAUGAAGCCAAGCAAAAGGAAUUGGCUCAAAAUGAUGAAGAGGAAGAUUUUUUGGAUGAUGCCAGCAUCAUGGACGGGGCCGAGUGUCCCUUGGCCCUUCAAGUCCUCUCGUGCAUGCUGCUCUAUGAGAUAACGGCAUUCAUACGAGAAACAUACCAGACGCUCCCGAAAGCCAGCGUUGUCCACAAACCACCCCCACCACCCGUCAAGAAGGAGGAAGAAGUCGCCCCGAAACCCGUCGUGGUUUCGGGCAAUGCAAAUCGUCGUUGGUCAUAUGUUAGGAAAAAACUCCUAGGAUUAGGCCAGGCACAGACCCAAGGGUCCCACUCGCUCCAGUCCAUUUCAGAUCAACCUCCCCCUCCGGCGGGGAGUGGGGAAAGAAAAAUCAGCUUCGUCCUCAAUGACGAACCCUCCACGGAAAGUGGGGAAAAAAGCCAUGGUGCACACCCGGAAUUACCGGAACCUUCGCAAAAAGCGAUGUCUGCCUCCGACGCUCGGAAGGUAAGACCCUUAUUAUUGCGGAGAGGAGCGCCAAGCACGACAACGGCGACGGGAGGAUCGUCAUUCAGAAGAAGAAGUAUUAAAUUGAAUAAGAAAGCGAAGGAUGGAGAUUCUGACUCCAUGAAAAGAUCUGAUUCGAUGACAAGUGCUCGACGAAAGGUGAGCUCCGUAUCGGAUGAAACUUCAGAACAUAGUGGGGACGAAUCCCCUGGGGUCAUGAGUAAUGAGGACGCUCAAGCCGGUGGUGGCACAGCUGUGACGCAGGAUGAGGAAUGCCUCUCUAUGCCAUGGAUAAGCACGAUUAUCGAGUUUUUGUCCAGCCUGAACUUUAGGUGCACACACCAAGGUUUUUGUCACCCGCACUGCCCCCGCCGUCUGAUGAGAGGAGUAUCCCGACUUUUGAAAGCCGUACGAAAAGUUUACGGAGAAGAGUUUGGAUUUCCAAAUGCCAACUCGUGGGGUUUAAACCAUCAAGACGAGGGAAAGGAUGGGGCGAAGGAGAAAGUUGAUGAUCCCAGCAUUUUGAAAUAUGUUAAACAACAAGUACAAGGCGGCUUCCAUUCGCUAUUCUCCAUUUUAAUCAAAGCGGGAUCAAUGCUGAAUGAAGAGCAGUUCCUUUCCAUCCUUCCGAUCACGUGGGAACUGAUUUUAGAGCCUGAAGUUCAGGUUAGCACGUGCGCAUCUGCACUCUUUAUUCUCGCCGGGGUCAAGGUUCCAGAACAAGUUCGGCUCCUUUUAGAAGGAGAUUUUGAACAUGCAAAUCCCAACACGAGAAUUAGUGCUUUGCUAAAAUUUCACAUGCUAUGGAAAUGCAGACACCAUGUUUGGCCAAGAAUGGAGGAAAACAGUACUUUCAAAGCACCUCCUCCUGGAAUAGAAUUCACUUUACCUUCACCCAGAAUCGGAGUGGAAUCCAUUGCUGUCGUUGAUCCACCAUGGAUGCCUGAAAUACGAGCUAAAGUCGAGGAAGUGACCCUCACUGACCAACAAGUAUCUCGGCGAUACUUGGUAACCGCAACAAAAACCAGGAAAACUCAGCAAGCCGAAUUGGUUAGGUUAGCCCUAAAAACGGAAGAGGACAAAAAGCGUACUGAACGAGAACAGUUUCUCAUCACAACCGUCGCAAUUACAAAAGAAGCUUCGUAUGAACCAAGCUUGCACCAUGUCGUCGGUGAAGACGAGGAGGAAGAGGGACAAGUAUUGGGACAGGGGGAGAAAGCCACGCUGGGGGCGACAAGCUCCAUUCCUCCGAAUCUUUCUUCCGGUGCUACUGCAGCUGGAACUGACGGGGUCACAUUGCCUGCGUCUUCCUCCUCGAAAGCGUCCCACCUAAAGUCUCCCACCAUGUUUCCUUCCUCCCUGGGAUCUGCGGCCAUCCAUAUUGCACAACUGCUCGACGAUCCUGCAGUGACCCUGGAUGGCAACGCGGUCUACGAGGUUGCUUAUGCCACUCUUUGGGAUUGCUUGGUGGAAGAUUCCUCACUCUUUUUGCGAUUCGUGUUUGAAAAACUGACUCGUGGAAGGCAUGAAUUAAUGUUCAAGGUUCUACGCCACAUAAUUCUCUUUGUGCCAAGACUUCCGCAACAAGCAGCGUUUGCAUUGUAUAAUCACAUUAUCGGAUUUAUCAUGUAUCACACACGAUCUCCACAAGACGCCAGUCCUGAAAUGAUCGGGUCUGCUUUAUCCGUGUUGUGGAUGGUUGUUCACAGCGUGCAAGGAAUAAUGUUUAAAGAUUUGAAGCAAAUCCUUCGAAAAGAACAGUGUGACGCGUUCAUUUUGCUAACUGCGAAUAUUCCCGCAGCCAAGAAAAUUGUGGUUCAUGGACCAAUGGGUCCCGAAGCCGGAGGAAUUCCUACCCAGUUUCCAAUUCAGGAAGAUACACAAUUCGUCCAAAUAUUAAGGGAGUCGUAUGACUUUUUUAGUAUUGAUGAAGAACAUCACAAGGAAUACUUUUUGGUGGACUUUAAAACUCACCAAAUUCAUAAUCCGAAUUCCUACGUACGAGAUUUCUACUUCUUCUCUCGGGCUCAACAUCCUCAAUUGAGUCUCGUACAUAUGGCUCCAGAUCACGCGUACAAUGCGUUACAAAGACAAUCUUUUAUACUCAAGUUUCUCGAAAUUGGCAAAGUGACAUUAACUUGGGCGAUAUUGAAGAAUGUUGAUCAAGUGAUGCAACGUGUCGUUUUUCUCCACGAGGAACUCAUGAAAUUGCCAGCCUUUCCGAGAAAAGCGUUAGAAUCUGAUAUGGACAUUUGGAAGGGAGGGAUGAUGGGAAGGGAACUACUCGGACUUGAUGUCCUACACAAAUUCAUGUGGGCGAAGCUUAUCACCCGCAUGUUCGAAGCAAUGUCGGGAAAUUUCGCGUAUUCAGGAGACAUUCAUCUCUUCAUCAAUGUUUUAAGUGGCUCUCUCAUGGUGCAUUCUGAAGACCAUUCGAUCAUCCGAUACAUCAUAAGCGCAAUGAUCAACGGCGUCCAGCAGUUUAAAAACAUAUUUUCUACCAAUGGAUACUUACUGGUGAUGCCGCCCCUCUUGUUGCUGUAUUCGACUCAUCAAAGCAAUGCACUGGUCACGGGGGCAGUAGAGUUUGCCUGUAAAGAAUUCUAUUUACUUCACCGGAAACCAUUCGUCCUUCAAAUGUUUGGAGCAUUGGCUGCUUUACUGGAUACCGAUGAUACAGCACAGUUUGGAGACCCCACGCGUGUCCCAUCAAAAUGCUUGUUUCGACUGCUGUUAUCACUUGAAACCCCGACCCCGGAUCCGCUCCAUAUUACCGAACUUAUUCAUGGACCUCAACCCCUGCGCCCACUGGAUUUUUGUUAUCACGACGAUUCCGAUGAAAUCACGGUUCUUGACUGCAUUUCAAUGUGCGUAUGCGUCGUGGCAUAUGCUGCAGACUCGUUGAGGGGUCAACAGAUGCUGACCAUUUUGGAAGCCGUGGUUCCCCCGUAUUUGACACACAUUCAAACCAACAAGACCGAAGGGAAGACGGAACGCGAUAUCAUAAAUCAUAUCGCAGUUGCAAUGAAAACACUCGUCAACAACUGCGAACCAUUAGCAAAAAAUUAUUCCGGCCCCCAAAUGGCCAGUCCAACCGAUCUGCGGGGUUCCAGCCAACGAAAUUAUACGAGCAAAGGUGGCCAAAACCUUUUAACCCCGGGAUAUGAAUUUGGUGACGAUGACUCCCACUCAAAAUACAUGAGUGACCACUCCCGAACUAAAAACGUGUAUGAUCGUGACAUGCAAGACUCUGAAGUUAUUCGAGACGAGUUUAGACGCCCAAGAGAUACUUUGUUAUGUCUUGUUUCCGACUUUUACUCAAAGUGCUCCACAAGACUUCCAGAGUUGGCCAAAAAAGGUGGCAACGAAGCCAAGCCCGUGGAACUUCUUGACAUUAAGAGUCACGUGCGAUUGUCCGAGGUUUGCAUGAGCUUGCUGAAGGUCAGUCCGUAUGACCCAGCAACGAUGGGGUGUCGGGGGCUGCAAAAGUACAUGGUGGAAGUGUUUCCAUAUGGGGAGUGGACCCAUGAAAGUUCAAGAGCAGCCUUAUCCGCAUUCCUUCGACGGCUGGAUAAAACCUUUAUCAAGAUUUGCAAAAAGACUUCAAUCAGACGUCAUACGGAUUGGGAAGCGGCUGCUGGAUUGCUGAAAGGAAUUUAUCAAAUGCUUUGGCGUCACCCAUACAUUGUUCACAACCAGCAUUUGAAGUCUUUAAUAUCGACAUGUCAGUGUUUGCUGAUGGGUGAAGGACAAGCAAGCGAACUUCAAAUUAGUUCUGCUGGAGCCGCAUUAUUAGGAAAAUUACCUCCGGCCCAUUUCUGUUCGACCGUUGUACGUCUCCUGGCCCUUCAAGUGCGCGCUUUGGGGGAACCAUACUCAUUGGAGCAAUCGUGUGGAUUCCAAUUUGCAGUUUCAGGAAUUGUAGAAAAGUCGGAAACCCUACUUAUGCAUUUGUUACUACCAAUGUGCAUCCGCGUUGGUACUGGUCGUAAAGAUGUCCCAAGGAUGCGAAAGUCCGACAUAAUUUUCAUUCUUAACGUCAUUCUAAACUGCAUAAGUCCUGGAAGUCCAAGAAUUAAGAGUACAACGGAAGCCAACACGUCCAUUAUUGGGAUCGGGGGAGGAGGAGGUUCCGGAGCUACGCGAUCUGGAAGCGUCACGGAGCGAAAAGUUCGCAUGUCCACGUUCCAAAUUGGAUUUCUUGGUUUGAAAAUCCUGUGCGUCUGUUUCGACACCGAACUUGGCACCGAAUGGGCCCGGACGGUCCGGAUAAUACACGAAUUAGGAAACAAGGGCGAAGGGGGUGGCCCACUCUGGGAAUUUCUGGAAUUCGUCAUUACCGUUCGAACCUCAAUUUACCCAAUGUUUCGUCCAUUUAUUGCCCAGAAGCUCGCAAAACCACCCGCAAACGAUCAAGAUCGUCAUUUUCAAUUCACCAUUCGCGAAAAAUUACGUGAAGUCACGCUCGGAAAAUGCAAAGGAGUUUUACUUCAAGAUCUUGCCCAUCAAAUGAAACAGUUAAAGGAAGACUUGGAAAACCGGAAGGAAGAGACAGUGAUAAGUAAAAAGAAUUUGAACCCGGAGGCGAACGAGCAAGGUCGACGGGCACGACCCUCCCUGUCCGAAUUAUUCCCCGGUCUGGCCGCCCGAUUCGGAGGAGGGGGCGACGACUCGUCCAAAGGGUCAUCAGGAAAUAUCCAUAAAUCCUCCAUUAAUCGUGAAUCUAGUGUCAGAGUCAAACCUACCUCGCAAGGUCGAAUGGUGGAUCGAUACAUGAGACGCGUGAGUAUUGCGGGUACGAGUGACGCACCAUUUACUAUUCCCGAAAACUCUAUCCUCAAAGCGAAAGAGCGGAGCGAGGAGACUUUUGAGCUUCACACGGAGGGACCUUCCGAAGGGACCGGAACCACGGAGGAAGAACCAAAGUCGCAUCGUUUGCAAAGACAAAAGUUUCAAAGUAGAAAAACUUUCCGGUUUAGGAAAAGUCGAAAGGGGGCGAGAGAAUUUUCCAGCGUGGACAUGGAGGAAGAAUCUGUCCAUCCGGAAUCCCCGUCUCCAGUCUCCUCUCCACGGGAAGAGUUGCUAAAGAAGGAUGACAAGGGGGACACCGAGGAUGACAAGUCCUCUCCGGAAUCGUGUUCCAAACCGCAGUCCAGUCUACGUCUGAGAACGAAGAGGAAAACGUCCACGUCACAAAAUGGAGGCGAUUGUGAGAGUCAAACUUCUCAAUUUUCUCGGACUAGCAGUUCUGUCGGUUACAGAGAGAGUUUUGCAGGCUCCGCGGAACGGUACAGUCUCCAAAUGCUGGAAAAUUUGGAUAUAACCCCCACCGAGGAGAAACAAAGUCCACCGAGUCACAAGGAAUCAAAAAGUCGUCAAGGACGUAAAAAGGAAGACGAUGAAGAUACACUCAUUUGAUAAUGAAUAAGCCAAAAUGUGUCCGCAUUUUAGUGGGCAUUUUAUUGACAAUGAAAUGAUGUGCUUGUUAGCAGAAAUACGAAUCUUUUAAUGGCGUCAUCUUUACCGUUCCAAAACGAUUGUCUGAAUAUCGGUAGCUCUAUGAAAUCAAUGUUAUACCCUGCAUGCCAUAAAGAGCAACAAUUUUGCAAAUGCAUAGAUAUAUAUGGUUGAAUCUUCAUGUGAUGAUAUUUAUAAUGAAAUUAUUAGAAUUAAUAAAAAUACUUUCUAGUUUAUCGCCUCA